GACCUUGAAUUUGAGAGGCAUUUUAAUAUCUGUCUUUCGAAUGAGUUCCAAAAGGAGUUCGAAUGUUUCCCAAAAGAAAACUGUCGAAAAAAAGCCGCGCAAACAGUCUUCUGAAGAUAAGGGGCAGGAGUCUCCCAAAGUAACAAUCAUCGAAUUUUAAUCAUGAUUUAGACUCAAAACUCAGACUGGUGUACUAGAUAUCCUGGUUCUUCACCUGACCUAGCAAACCCUCUUUCACCCAAAUGGAAUUUUAAGAUAGUAUCCUGGAAUGUCAACGGGAUACGGGCUGUCAUUAAAAAUAAUGGUAUGGAGUAUAUCAAAAAAGAAAAUGCAGAUAUAUUUUGCAUACAAGAGACUAAGUGCCCUCUGCAUAAAAUUCCAUCUGAAGCCAAAGUUCCAUCGUACCAAUCAUUUUGGUCGUCUGCCGACAAGGCCGGAUAUGCGGGAACAGCUUUAUUUUCGAAAAUCUCUCCGAUAAAAGUGACGUAUGGUAUAGGUAAGAAAUUGCAUGACGAGGAGGGGCGUGUUAUUACUGCGGAAUACGACAAAUUUUACCUAGUCACUGCUUAUGUGCCAAACUCAGGACAGGGGUUGGUUCGUCUACCAUAUCGUGAAAAGGAAUGGGAUCCCGAUUUCCUUGAAUACCUGCGCAAACUUGAUUCUACAAAACCUGUCAUCGUGUGUGGUGACCUUAACGUAGCUCACGAGGAGAUCGAUCUAGCUCGACCAGAAACAAAUCAUAAAACCGCUGGAUUUACUGAUCAGGAGCGAUCAGGUUUCACAAAAUUGUUAUCGUCAGCCAAUUUAAUUGAUACCUAUCGUCAUUUUUACCCAGACCGUCGAGGAGUGUAUUCUUUUUGGAGCUAUCGAACAGGAGCGCGCUUAAUCAAUAAUGGAUGGCGUUUGGAUUAUUUCUUGGUAUCUGAACGAAUUUUAACAAAUGUCAGCGAUCAGGAAAUACGUUGUGGAGUUACUGGAAGUGAUCACUGUCCAGUUGUUCUAUAUCUUCAAAUCUAAAACUCCAUUUGACGAGAUCUAUUCAAACAGAUUACUAUCAACAGUAUUUAUAAAUACCAGAAUAAAUAUAUUUUAUGAUUGA